AUAUAAGGAGCUCCGGGUUCAAGGAAUCUCCGGCUUUUCUUGAGACUCAGCGGGGGGAGCACGCAGGAGCGGCCGCAGCUCCGGGACCCGCAUCGAGCGGCCGGGGCACAAUCGGGCGUCCUCUUGGAAUUCCUCUCUCUCCCUUCCGAAGUGGCCAGACAGGCGGAUCCCGAGCGCGCUGGCCAGCAGUUGAUGACCAGCCACAGUGUCUCUGCUGUGUGCUGUUGCCAUCUGUGGCGCUGCUGGUAUAUUCAGAGGGAAGAUGGCAUUCUGGACACAGCUGAGCCUGCUGCUAUGGAAGAAUUUCACCUUUCGGAGGAGGCAAACGUUGCAGCUGGUGGUUGAAAUUAUGUGGCCUUUGUUUAUCUUCUUUAUUCUGAUCUCCAUACGGCUGUUUUAUCCACCCUAUGAACAACAUGAAUGUCACUUUCCCAACAAGGCCAUGCCUUCUGCUGGAACAUUGCCCUGGGUCCAAGGGAUCAUCUGUAAUGCCAACAAUCCUUGCUUCCGCUACCCAACACCUGGGGAAUCGCCAGGCAUUGUCGGAAAUUUUAACAAAUCUAUUGUGUCCCGGUUGUUCUCCGAUGGCAAGCGUUUGCUGUUAUAUAGCCAGAAAGAUACCACUAUCAAGGAUGCACGAAAAGUCAUGGCAAAACUGCAGAAAGCUGGGAAGUCCAUUUCAGAUGUGAAAGUUCGGGAUCUCUUGAUUGCCAACGAGACAUUUUCUGACUUCCUCCUUCGCAAUAUUUCCCUACCACAGUUUGUUGUAAAUGAAAUCUUGAACGCUGAAGUCAACCUCCAACAGGUCAUUACAUCUGGCUACCAAAUGAAUGUGAAAGACCUUUGCAAUUCGACAAGGCUAUCAGAGUUCAUCACCAUCCGAAACCCAGUGUAUAAUCUAAUUGCAAAAACCUUGAUGUGCUCCAUGCCUAAGGAAAAACUUAAUUCUGCAGGGAGAGUGUUUCAGAAUAAUAUAGAUAUCCUGAAGCCUAUUAUGAAAGGAAUCACCUCCAAUGCAACUUUGCAGAAUAUUAAAGAAACUGUGGAGACUUUGAAAGAGAGCCUCGAAAAGCUGCUUAGAGAGCUGGUGAGCAUGAAAAGCUGGCGUGACAUGAGGCAGGAAGUGAUGUUCCUGAGUAAUGUGAAUUCCAGUGAUUCUUCUACCGAAAUUUAUCAAGCGGUGUCCCGGAUUGUUUGUGGCCAUCCUGAGGGGGGCGGUUUACAGAUCAAGUCUCUCAACUGGUAUGAAGACAACAAUUACAAAGCUUUCUUUGGAAGCAACAGCACUGAAGAAGUAACAGAUGAUUUCUAUGAUAACUCUACAACUCCCUACUGCAAUAACCUGAUGAAGAAACUGGAAUCUAGCCCACUUUCCAGGAUUAUAUGGAAAGCUCUGAAGCCUUUGCUUGUUGGCAAGAUCUUGUACACCCCUGACACACUGGCAACAAAAGCGAUCAUGUCUGAGGUGAACAAGACAUUCCAGGAGCUAGGUGUCCUCCAUGAUUUUGGAAAGAUGUGGGAAGAGAUAAGACCCAAGUUAAGAACUUUCAUGGAGAAAAGCCAGGAAAUGGAUCUGGUCCGGGCAUUACUGAAGAACAAGCUGCUUUGGAACCACCACUUGCCAGGUUCAACCUGGACCUUUAAGGACGUGGCCUUGUUCUUAACAAAGUACCCAGAGGAUGUUCACACAGAGAAUGGUUCUAGCUACACCUGGAGAGAUGCUUUCAAUGAAACCGAUCAAGCUAUUUUGACUAUUUCCCGCUUUAUGGAAUGUGUCAAUUUGGACAAACUGGAAGCCAUGCCUAAUGAGAUGCAGCUGAUCGACAAGUCCAUGGAACUCCUGGAUCAGAGGAAGUUUUGGGCAGGCAUUGUUUUCUCUGAAAUGGCUCCUAACAGCGUGACUUUGCCACCUCAUGUCAAGUACACGAUACGGAUGGAUAUAGACAAUGUGGAAAGGACAAACAAAAUUAAGGACGGAUACUGGGACCCAGGCCCUCGAGCUGAUCCCUUCGAUGAUAUGCGCUACAUCUGGGGAGGCUUUGCUUACCUACAGGAUGUGAUAGAACAAGCCAUCAUCCGGGUUCAGACGGGUUCUGACAAGAAAACUGGUGUCUAUGUGCAGCAGAUGCCCUACCCCUGCUAUGUGGAUGACACAUUCCUGCGUGUCACAAGCCGAUCAAUGCCUCUCUUCAUGACUCUGGCUUGGAUCUACACUGUGGCAGUGAAUGUCAAGGGGAUUGUGUAUGAGAAGGAAGCCCGCCUGAAAGAGACCAUGAGGAUCAUGGGCCUUAACAAUGGCAUCCUCUGGCUUAGCUGGUUCAUUAGCAGUUUCAUCCCACUUUUGAUGAGUGCAGGCCUACUUACUCUCAUCCUCAAGCUUGGAGACCUGCUGCCCUACAGUGACCCCAUAUUGGUGUUCUUCUUCCUCUCUAUCUUUGGCUUGGUGACCAUCAUACAAUGCUUCUUCAUCAGUACCUUAUUCUCUAGAGCCAACCUGGCAGCAGCUUGUGCAGGGAUCAUCUACUUUACUUUCUACUUACCUUAUGUGUUGUGUGUUGCCUGGCAGGACUACUUCACCUUUUCUUUCAAAGUAUUUGCGAGCCUGCUUUCUCCUGUGGCUUUUGGAUAUGGCUGCGACCACCUUGGUCAGCUUGAAGAGCAAGGGAUUGGGCUGCAGUGGGACAACAUCUUAGAAACCCCCUUAGGAAAUCACAAUUACAACCUAACCACUUCUGUGUGUUUGAUGCUCUUUGAUGGUUUGCUGUAUGGGAUAAUAACUUGGUACAUUGAGGCGGUCUUCCCAGGCCAAUUCGGCAUUCCGAAACCCUGGUACUUCCCCUUUAUGAAGUCCUAUUGGUGUGGUGAAGAGUCUGGGGACCGACAGCUUCCUUCUGUUCCUGCAGAAUCCUCUAAAAUCUGUAUGGAGGAGGACCCAAGCCAUCUUCGCCUCGGGGUGUCCAUUCAGAACCUGGUUAAGGUGUACCGUAACUGCAAGAAACUAGCUAUAGAUGGCCUGACACUGAAUUUCUAUGAAGGGCAGAUUACCUCCUUCCUGGGACACAAUGGAGCUGGAAAGACAACCACAAUGUCCAUCUUGACUGGAUUAUUUCCCCCAACAUCAGGCACAGCCUUCAUCCUGGGCAAAGACAUCUGUUCUGAACUCAGCACCAUCCGGCAGAAUCUGGGUGUCUGUCCCCAGCACAAUGUUCUGUUUGAUGAGUUGACAGUGGAGGAGCACAUUUGGUUUUAUGCACGCCUGAAGGGGUUGUCAGAGACCUUGGUGAAAAACGAAAUGAAGCAGAUGGCUGCAGACGUUGGCUUGCUUGACAAACUCAAAUCUAAGACAAGUCGACUCUCUGGUGGCAUGCAGAGAAAGCUUUCAGUUGCUUUGGCAUUUGUAGGUGGCUCUAAAGUUGUCAUUCUGGAUGAACCAACAGCUGGUGUUGAUCCAUAUUCUCGCAGAGGGAUCUGGGAGCUUCUUUUGAAAUAUCGUGAAGGGCGCACCAUCAUUCUUUCCACACAUCACAUGGAUGAGGCGGACAUCCUUGGAGAUCGGAUUGCCAUCAUAUCUCAUGGCAAAUUGUGUUGUGUUGGCUCUUCGCUGUUCCUGAAGAACCAGCUGGGGACAGGCUAUUAUCUGACCUUAGUCAAGAAGGAUGUGGAUUCCUUACUGAGUUCCUGCAGAAACAGCAGCAGCACAGUGUCUUACCUGAAAAAGGAUGACAGUGUGUCUCAGAGUAGCUCCGAUGCUGGGCUUGGCAGUGACCAUGAAAGUGACACCCUGACAAUAGCUUGCAGAAAUAAAUGGACAAUUUGGUCAAGGUACCAUGGGUUGAAUCCAGGCUGCAUGUCCAACAAUGAUGUGUCUGCAAUUUCUAAUCUCAUUAUGAAGCAUGUCCCUGAAGCCAAGCUGGUGGAAGACAUUGGUCACGAGCUGACGUACAAUUUGCCAUAUGAAGCAGCUAGAGAGGGAGCUUUUGUUGAGCUGUUUCAUGAGAUUGAUGACCGCCUCUCUGACCUGGGGAUUUCCAGCUAUGGCAUUUCUGAGACAACUCUGGAGGAGAUAUUUCUCAAAGUGGCAGAGAAUACUGGUGUGGAUGCAGAGACCUCAGAUGGCACACUGCCUGCCAGAAGAAACCGUGUCUUUGGAGACAGGCAAAGCUGCCUUCGUCGAAUCACAGAAGAUGAUCCUCUUGACCCCAAUGAUUCUGACAUAGAUCCAGAAUCACGAGAGACUGACCUGCUAAGUGGGAUGGAUGGCAAGGGAUCCAGCCAGGUGACUGGCUGGAAGCUGACCCAGCAACAGUUUGUGGCUUUGCUUUGGAAGAGACUUCUUAUUGCCAGACGCAGCAGGAAGGGUUUUUUUGCUCAGAUUAUUCUCCCAGCUGUCUUUGUUUGCAUUGCUCUCUUGUUCAGCUUGAUUGUGCCUCCCUUUGGUAAAUAUCCCAGCCUGGAAUUACAACCAUGGAUGUAUGAACAGCAAUUCACAUUUAUCAGCAAUGAUGCUCCAGAAGACUCCAGUACUGAGAAGCUGUUAAAUGCUCUUCUCAAUGAACCUGGUUUUGGGACCCGCUGCAUGAAAGAUUAUUCUAUCCCAGAUACUCCUUGUUCUGCGGGGGAAAAGGACUGGAGCACUGCUGCUGUGCCUGAGACAGUCAUGGAAAUCUUGCGGAAUGGCAACUGGACUAUGGAGAACCCCUCCCCAUGUUGCAAAUGUAGCAACAACAAAAUGAAGAAGAUGCUUCCUUUGUGUCCUCCAGGGGCUGGUGGUUUGCCUCCUCCCCAGAAAAUGCAAAACACCACAGACAUCCUGCAGAACUUGACGGGCCGCAACAUUUCUGAUUACCUGGUGAAAACCUACACAGAGAUCAUUACAAAAAGUUUGAAGAAUAAGAUGUGGGUGAAUGAAAUGAGAUACGGUGGCUUUUCAUUGGGAGCCAGUGGUUCCCUCGUGGUUCCUCAACAUGAAGAAGUUAAUGAUGCUAUCCAACAAGUGAAGAAAUUAUUGGAAAUAGCGAAUGGGAGCUCUGGAGAUCGUUUUCUUAACAAUCUGGAGAGCUUCAUGAAGGGCAUGGACACAAAAAAUAACGUUAAGGUGUGGUUCAAUAACAAAGGCUGGCAUGCAGUCAGCUCCUUUCUCAAUGUGAUCAACAACGCUAUUCUCCGAGCCAACCUGCAAGAUGGAGAGAAUCCCAGUGCCUAUGGCAUCACGGCAUACAACCACCCCCUGAACCUCACCAAGCAGCAGCUCUCUGAAGUUGCCUUGAUGACCACAUCAGUGGAUGUGUUGGUCUCCAUCUGUGUCAUCUUUGCCAUGUCCUUUGUUCCAGCCAGCUUUGUAGUUUUCUUGAUCCAGGAGCGAGUCAGCAAAGCCAAGCACUUACAGUUCAUCAGUGGCGUGAAACCUGUUAUCUACUGGUUGGCUAACUUUGUGUGGGAUAUGUGCAACUACGUUGUUCCAGCUACCUUGGUUAUUCUCAUCUUCGUCUGCUUCCAGCAGAAAUCUUACGUGUCUUCAUCCAACCUGCCAGUGUUGGCUCUUCUCCUCUUGCUCUAUGGGUGGUCCAUAACACCUCUCAUGUACCCAGCAUCCUUUGUGUUCAAGAUCCCCAGUACAGCAUAUGUGGUGCUAACCAGCAUGAACCUCUUCAUUGGUAUCAAUGGGAGCGUGGCCACUUUUGUCCUUGAACUUUUCACGAACAAUAAACUGACCAGCAUCAAUGACAUCCUGAAGUCGGUGUUCCUUAUCUUCCCCCAUUUCUGCCUGGGACGUGGCCUGAUUGACAUGGUGAAAAAUCAGGCUAUGGCAGAUGCCCUGGAGAGGUUUGGUGAGAACCACUUUGUCUCUCCUCUUUCCUGGCAUCUGGUGGGGCGGAACCUUUUUGCCAUGGCCAUCGAAGGUGCUAUCUUUUUCCUCAUCACAGUGCUUAUCCAGUACAGGUUCUUUCUGAAACCCAGGCCUGCAAAUGAGAAGCUUCCACCUGUGACUGAAGAGGAUGAGGAUGUGAACAGAGAAAGACAGAGAAUCGUGGGUGGUGGUGGGCAGAGUGAUAUCUUAGAAAUUAAAGAACUAACCAAGAUGUACAGAAUGAAACAAAAGCCUGCUGUGGAUAGGAUCUGUGUUGGAAUUCCACCUGGGGAGUGCUUUGGUCUCUUGGGGGUGAAUGGGGCUGGCAAAUCCUCCACUUUCAAGAUGUUGACGGGAGACACUGACGUCACUGGAGGCGAUGCUUUUCUUAAGGGAAACAGUAUUUUGUCUAACAUCCAAGCAGUCCAUCAGAAUAUGGGAUACUGUCCUCAGUUUGAUGCCAUUAGCGAGCUGCUGACAGGCAGAGAGCACCUGGAAUUCUUUGCACUCUUAAGAGGGGUUCCUGAGAAAGAAGUCCAUAAGGUUGGUGAAUGGGCUAUUCGUAAACUAGGCCUCAUGAAGUAUGCAGAAAAAUAUGCUGGCACCUACAGUGGUGGGAACAAGCGUAAGCUUUCUACUGCAAUGGCCUUAAUUGGGGGGCCUCCUGUGAUAUUCCUGGAUGAGCCAACUACAGGAAUGGAUCCCAAGGCCCGCCGUUUCCUUUGGAAUUGUGCCUUGAGCAUCAUAAAGGAGGGAAGAUCUGUGGUUCUUACAUCACACAGCAUGGAAGAAUGCGAGGCGCUAUGCACUCGAAUGGCAAUAAUGGUCAAUGGGCGAUUCAGGUGCCUUGGAAGUGUCCAGCACCUAAAGAACAGGUUUGGAGAUGGCUAUACAAUAGUUGUGAGAAUAGGAGGGGCAGCACCUGACCUGAAACCUGUUCAAGACUUCUUCGAGAUGGCCUUUCCAGGCAGUAUGCUGAAGGAGAAGCAUCGAAACAUGCUGCAGUACCAACUCCCGUCCUCUAUGUCUUCUCUGGCUCGGAUAUUUAGCAUCCUCUCCCAGAACAAAAAGAGACUUCACAUAGAAGACUACUCUGUUUCCCAGACCACUCUUGACCAAGUAUUUGUAAACUUUGCCAAGGACCAAAGUGAUGAUGAUCACACAAAGGACUUGUCAUUGCACAAAAACCAGACUGUUGUAGACGUUUCAGUUCUGACUUCCUUUUUGCAAAAUGGGAAGGAGAAGGAAAGCUACGUAUGAGCAUCCCUUUUGAGAAGGGUCCAGCAGCAUUUCCGAACAGAAGGGGAGACAUUAAUCCUUUCUUUAGCAUGAGGAGAUCUUCCCAAAAGCAGAGAGACAGAGGAUACAGAGAGGAAGACAAUAAACCAGGCAUUCUACUGGUAACCAUUCAAUGCAAUGCAACUCAAUGCAAAGAAAACCAUAUUCCUUUAGAGAGGCAGUGCCUCUUGGAGAUGUUGCCUUGUACUGUUCUCUAGUGAAAGACUUGAAUUUAGUUGUUCUUACUUUAUAACUCUGUGAAAUUCUAGUAUGGUGCCACUUGCUGCUGUGUGGUGUUUUGCCAUACUCCCACCUUGUUCUACUUUGUAUGUUUUUGGUUAGGGCUGCACAACAGCAAUUCAGAGGAUUCUUGGCCAGUGAUUAUUUAUUUGCCAUGUUAAGGCGUGCAUGGCCUUCCCACAUGGUGAGUGGAACUGCUUGGGUGCUACAUCCAUUGCUGGCGAUGAAUGCAGUAGAGUGACCAGGGCAAGCAGUACCGAGCCCAAGGCAUCGCGGUGGCCUUACUUAAGUAUUAGUUGUUGGCUUGGUUUAUCUGCACAAGUUCAAGGUGACUUAUAGAAAGGCCAUUGGUGGUCUAAUCUGUGGGCCAUGAAGCACACCAUCUCAGCACAUGCAUACACUUAAUUCAGUGUUCCUUGAUAGGGUGCAGCAGAACUAUCAACCGUGCAAACUUCUGAGAGGAUUUCUAUCCCACUGGUAUGGUGACCAAUCACUUAUUCUUCCACUGUGCUUUUGUGGGCUGUUGCUUUUUUCAGCGUUUAUUAAGACACUUGUUUGAUAUGUUUAUUUUCUUUGCAACAGUAUUAUUUAUAGAAGUGACUCAGCAAUGUCUGUGGCACCCUGGACCAUCUCUGCGUCCCUACUUAUAAAUCAUUUGUAAUAUUAUGUCUGUAUUUGCCACUUUAUUACGUUCAAAGUCUAGAUGCAAACAUUACAAGAUGUUUAUAGCAUAGUAAUCACCACCACCCCAUUUUCAGUUCACAUGUGUGUCUUCCUACAUAAAAUGCCAGAUCAUAGGAUGGCCCACUUCUCAAUCUGCACAUCCGUCAUCACCCUUUAAGCCUCUAGUUAAAGCAGAAAGAAAAAGCAGUGGUGACUCCUCCCAUUCAUGUUAGUGUCCUGUCAUCUAGCCUUCCCAUCAGGUGCUGCGUAGCAUCUUCUGUUGAUCUCCCACUUCUGCUGGACAUUGAAGAAAAACAGCCCCAGAGCAGGGGGAAAUUUGGCAGUCCUAGACAACAGAAAUAAUAGACAGCAUUAAUUAAGAAAAAAGUCUCUGUUUUAAAAGACUGGCAAAAGAGCUGUUCAUUUAGGAAGUCAUGUCAAGCUUUUACAAAUCAUUUCCACCAAAAGCUACUGGGCAGGCAGAGGCAGGAAGGUGGCUGGGAGUGCCUCUUUUAAAUGCUGAUUACCUAUAAGCAAAGCAAUCAGAAACCUCUUAAUGGGAAAAAUCCAAUCCUGCACAAAGGAAUGUCCACUCACAAAGGCGUUCUCUUCCUUCUUGCUGCCUCAUUCUCUGCUCUCUGGGAUCUCCCAACCCUCCAGAACAACUUUCAGGGUGCAUAGGGAGCUGCAGGAAGGAUAUAGGAAUCACUCCCUAUGCAUUCCACUGAUGGGAGCCUUUCCAUCAGAGGGGUGAGUUAAUUGGAUUCCACUCCAUGACUGCAACUUUGGGGACAACAUCCAUGCCCCCAAAUCAGGGUAUGAAAAAGACAGUGGCAACUUAGUCCUUCUGAAGUGGGACAUGAAUGUUGAUUCUACAUGCACUUUUUUCCUUUUCUGUUCCCAUUCCCACCCAUAAAAUGCCUGUAGGUUUUUAUCACCAGAGCUAAGCUGGUUUUCCCCCUUCUCCAUAACUGACAAUUCUGGGCAGUUAGCAUUCAAUCAUUCUUUGGCAAUGGUGUUGCACAGAGCACAUAACUGAGUUUACAAAAUUGUCAACAUGUCCCAUUAAAAGAUUUUUUUUUAAAAAAAUCAAGAUAUUCUUCCUUCCUUAAACAAUCAGGAGUGCUCUUUUACUGCAUUGUUUACAGUGCUCUUGCAAUUCUGCCCAAGAGAGAUAUAAUCCAUAUCAAGUUAGACUGCAAUCUUCUUAUGCAUUGACUGAAGAAAAACCCUUUUUGAGUGUAAAGAGCUCUGCACGUUUUCCUUGGAAUUACUUCUGGGCAAAUAAGAGGAUUGCACUGCAAGACCCAUUAUUUUCAAUGGGGAGUUUUACGCACGUGCUUCCUAUGAGAAACAACAUUCAUAGGAGUGUGUCUUGGUAGGACUGGGGAUCCACACUGAACACUAGUGCAACCUACAGUAGUUGCCUCAAAAUCUGUAAAUCAUUUAUACAGGUUUUCCUUUGUAUUAGGGGCGGGGGAAGCGGGGAGCCAAAUUUAUCUUCAGUCCUACAUGUAUAAUGGUAUAAAACCACUGGUCAUGGAAUUGUCUUGAAAACAUUUACCACCUCAGUGUGUAUGUGGUGAAGUUGCUGCAUCCCUCUGCAGUUAUUUGUACUGCUGGAGGGGUUCUUUCCUAGGAAUACUUUUCUUGCAGGAGUAAUACUUUUGGCAAGCCUGCAUCACUGUGCUUUUCCUUUGACCUGUGUUUUGAACUGCCCUCCUUUUGAUAUGGUUGGCCCCUUCAUUCCAAGCACUUUAUGCUAGCUGUAAUGGGAUCUAUUUUUGCACUGGAAUACCCUGUUAACUCUGCAAAAUUCAAGAGCAGUUUCACAUCCACCCACAAACACAAAUUAAGUUAAAAUGUUUCAAUGGAGAUUUUCAUGAAAAACAAAUAUAUAUUUGUAUUGAUAAUAACUAUUUGUGAAAUACUAAUAGGCAUUGUAAAUUGCCUCAUAUCAAGUUAAACAAUAAAAGUAUUUCUGGUCUA